CCAGUUGGUGGCGGUAAUGCACCUCAAAGUUGGUUGCCAACCGCCAUUUAAAAUUCACAGAAGAAGGAGAAGAACGAGUUCUAAAUCCGACACGCACAGGGAAGUAAAUUACUCGACUGUCAAAUCCACACAGAUUUCGAAAACCUGACAAAGUAAGACCAGACUAGAACGUUAGUGAAGAAAAUACCUUGGUAAGUAUUACAUUGUAGAAAACGUGAACAAAGAGUGUUUGCAUUUCAUGUUUGUAUGCAAGAAGUGUGUAUGAAUGUGUUCCUUUGUUUCAGUUUGAGACUGAGUAACUGCUAAUCUGCCAUGGCCUCUGAAAAAUGUUUUGCGAAAGGUAAGAAAGACAAUUUCUCAAAUCUAUUUGUCAUGUGUUGGUCAUGGCUAGGCUAUUCGUUGCAGCUAGCUGUAUUUUCUACCCUUGUCGUUGACUCAUAUGGGUCAUUCUACGAAUAGAAUGCCUUAUGGGUAGUGUAAUUCUGUCAAAAAUAACUAUUUAUACAAAUGUGUAUAUUCUGUCAUUAAGAGCACAUGUUCAACUUUGGGGACAGGGUUGACGAUUUCAUAUUUCAUGGUGAAUGGAAGUUUGUGUGCAACAGGGAGGGGAAUUUAAUGCAAUAUUUAACAACAAUAUUUGAAGUUGUUAACAUUUUUAGCCUAGGCCCUAUAUGUAUAUAUCUUAGUUAUGGGUAACAGGGUUGACGUGUUAUGCUCGUUUAUGUAAAUGAAUCACUUAUUGCAUUAAAUAAAUAAUCUUCAGAGAUGACUUUGUCAAAGCAAUAAAAUAACUAGGGCUUUACAAUGAUGGUGAAAUGUUGGGGUUAAGUGGGUUAAAAUCUUCCUAGAAGUUGGACAAAGAUAACAUUGUUUAGUUAGAACAUAUGUGAUCCAACUGUUAAAUUUAGUGUUUUAUCAAAAUGUGCACACAUAAUGUCUGAGGGGACAUAAAAAGUGCUAUUUGUGGAUUGACACCUAUGACAAUGCAUGGUCCAAAUGAUAUUUUGCACAGUCAUCAUGACUACUGAAUGUUCAAGGAGGGGCUGUUUACAUUACAAGAUAUCUUGACAUAUGACCUGAUUUGGUCCUGGCAUUUUGCAAAGUCACCAUGAUCAUGAUGUGCUUCCUGUAGCCUAGUACUCUUACAGUUCUGCAAAAUCACUGUCACUGGAUUAUAGGGCUCUUGGUUCACAGUAUCACCGCAAGGGCUUUAGGCAUUCUAUUCACAAGAUCAUGUAAAUGCAUGACCAUAUCUGAUGAUGACAGCAAGGAUCAAUUGGGAAAGAGUAGAACACACAUCCCAUGGCAAGGCCUAUAUGCUGAAUAGCCAAACAGGCAGUGAAUGUUUAUCAGCAAAAGUAAGGAAUCUACACACUGCAAUAAACCAAAUCUUAGAUCUUUAUUGGGUUUAAUGAGUGGACAUUAUUUCCUUUAUUAUACAGGAAGCUCUGCUCCUGGCCCGGUGGCCAAAGGUCAAAUCAGGCUCUACAGUAUGAGGUUCUGCCCCUUUGCCCACAGAACCAGACUAGUGCUUCAUGCCAAGGGGAUCAAGUAAGUUGCUACCAGUACCAACACAAUCUUAAGGAGUUUGUGUUGUUAGUCGUUUCACACAAGAGCCUCCCUAAAUUUCACCAAGAUUAUAUUAAAAUCAUAAUCAAUUGACUUUGUAUUUUGUUUUAGGCAUGAUACUGUCAAUAUUAAUUUGAAAGACAAACCUGAGUGGUUCCUUAAGAAGAACCCUCUUGGCCUGGUUCCGACAUUGGAGACUUCGAGUGGUCAGGUGAUCUACGAGUCACCAAUCACCUGUGACUACCUGGAUGAGGUUUACACAGACAAAAAACUGCUCCCAGCUGAUCCUUUUCAGAAGGCCCAACAGAAAAUGAUGCUGGAGAAUUUCUCCAAGGUAUGCUCAGCUCUCAAAACAAUAAUAAUAUUUUACUCUCUGUGAAGGAAAUAUGUUUUAGGUACAGUGCAUUUGGAAAGUAUUCAGACCACUUGACUUUUUCUACAUUUUGUUACGUUACAGCCUUAUUCUAAAAUGGAUUCAAUUGUUUUUCCCCCUCAUCAAUCUACACACAAUACCCCAUAAUGACAAAGCAAAAACAGGUUUUUAGACAUUUUUGCAACUGUAUAAAAAAUAAGACUGUAGCUCAAUUGGUAGAGCAUGGCGCUUGUAACGCCAGGGUAGUGGGUUCGAUCCCCAGGACCACCCAUACGUAAAAAUGUAUGCACACAUGACUGUAAGUCGCUUUGGAUAAAAGCGUCUGCUAAAUGGCAUAUUAUUAUAUCAGCACUUUGUUGAAGCUCCUUUGGCAGAGAUUACAGCCUUGCGUCUUCUUGAAAUGAUGCUACAAGCUUGGCACACCUGUAUUUGGGGAGUUUCUCCCAUUCUUCUCUGCAGAUCCUCUCAAGCUCUGUCAGGUUGGAUGGGGUGCGUCGCUGCCCAGCUAUUUUCAGGUCUCUCCAGAGAUGUUCGAUCAGGUUUAAGUCUGGGCUCUGGAUGGGCCACUCAAGGACAUUAAGAGACUUGUCCCGAAGCCACUCCUGUGUUGUCCUGUUGGAAGGUGAACCUUCGCUCCAGUCUGAGGUCCUGAGCGCUCUGGAGCAGGUUUUCAUCAAGGAUCUCUUUGUACUUUGCUCCGUUCAUCUUUCCCUCGAUCCUGACUAGUCUCCCAGUUCCUGCUGCUGAAAAACAUCCCUGCAGCAUGAUGCUGCCACCACCAUGCUUCACCGUAGGGAUGGUGCCAGGUUUCCUCCACAUGUGUCACUUGGCAUUCAGGCCAAAGAGUUCAAUCUUGGUUUCAUCAGACCAGAGAAUCUUGUUUCUCAUGGUCUGAGAGUCCUUGAGGUGCCUUUUGGCAAACUUCAAAAAGGCUGUCAUGUGCCUUUUACUGAGGAGUGGCUUCCGUCUGACCACUCUACCAUAAACGCCUGAUUGGUGGAGUGCUGCAGAGAUUGUUGUCCUUCUGGAAGGUUCUCCCAUCUCCACAGAGGAACUCUGGAGCUCUGUCAGAGUGACUAUCGGGUUCUUGGUCAUCUCCCUGACCAAGGCCCUUCUCCCCCGAUUGCUCAGUUUGGCCGGGCGGCCAGCUCUAGGAAGUAUUUUUGGUUCCAAACUUCUUCCAUUUAAGAAUGAUGGAGGCCACUGUGUUCUUGGGGACCUUCAAUGCAGCAGAAAUUUGUGCCUCAAAACAAUCCUUUCUCAGAGCUCUAUGGACAAAUCCUUCGACCUCAUGGCUUGGUGUUUGCUCUGACAUGCACUGUCAACUGUGGGACCUUAUAUAGACAGGUGUGUGCCUUUCCAAAUCAUGUCCAAUCAAUUGAAUUUACCACAGGUGGACUCCAAUCAAGUUGUAGUAACAAUUUUCUAAAAACCUGUUUUCGCUUUGUCAUUAUGGGGUAUUGUUUUUAUUUUAUCCAUUUUAGAAUAAGGCUGUAACGGAAAUAAAUGUGGAAAAAGUUAAGAGGUCUGAAUACUUUCUAAAUGCACUGUAUGUCUCCGUAACUUCGCUACUUCUCAGGAAGAUUUUGGUUCUCAUCUAAAAUAAUGAGCUAUAAAGUUAUUACCAUUGCCCACAGCACCUAAAAUAGUCAUGCAUAGAAAUAGCUUCUUUUUUUUUGUGCUUUGUCUUUUGCUUUUGAAUGUACAUCAGAUAUAGACCCAGAUACUUUACCAACAGUACAGUUUGGAUUCCAUAUACAUUUUACCCUAUUCUAAAUGUAUUUGUACAGAUAACACCAUAUUUCUACAAGAUACCAAUGGGGAGAAAAAAUGGAGAAGACAUUUCAGUACUGGAAGGGGAGCUGAAAGAGAAAUUUGUCAAAUUGAAUGAAGUAAGUCACUACAGACCAGGGUUUCCAUUAUGAAAAUGUGGCGCUGGACAUUUGACCGGCAGCAUUUUAAUUUACCGGACAUUUGAGAAAUGUACCAUAACCUAAUUAGGGUGUCCACCCACGGUGCUCAGAAUGACAGUCACAUUUUAGAUUAUGGUAAUUCAUCUUAACAGAACAUGCAAGUCAAGGAUGCAAUGACGUGUGUCCUUACCGCACUCUUUGAAGACGUUAUAAUAACUGUCCAUGUACUUUUCCUUAGCCACCAAGAUGAGUAAUGAACAGCAAAAUAACUAGCCUACACAUAGGUGGCGCGUGAGUUUCAAGUUUGGGGAAUCACAUUUUCAAACUUCAUAAUAAAGCAUUCCACGCAUCAUCGCAUUUGCAGACUUACACUACCAUUUAAAAGUUUGGGGUCACUUAGAAAUUCCCUUGUUUUUGCAAGAAAAUAAAUGUUUUUGUCCAUUUAAAAUAAAAUAAAAUAAAAUAGAUCAGAAAUACAGGGUAGACAUUGUUAAUGUUGUAAAUGGCUAUAAGACUGCUGAACAAUUAAUGAAAUGGCCACGCGGACUAUUUACAUUGACCCCCCCCCACACUUUUUGUUUUUACACUGCUGCUACUCGCGGUUUACAUGUACAAAUUACCUCGACUAACCUGUACACUCGCACAUUGACUCGGUACCGGUACCCCCUGUACAUAGCCUGGUUAGUGUUAUUUAUUUAUUUAAUUUUUUACUUUUGUUUAUUUAGUAAAUAUUUACUCUUUCUUUAACUACAUUGUUGGUUAAGGGCUUGUAAGUAAGCAUUUUGGUGGUAAGGUCUACACAUGAUGUAUUCGGCGCAUGUGACAAAUAUAAUUUGAUUUAAUUGCCUAAUAUUCGUGAUGUGAUGAGUAGAUUGUAUAGUCAUCAUUUUGGCUAAUAAUAUAACUUGAUCACUGUUCGCCAAAAAUACAGUUCAAUGCAUAGCUGAGCGCGCAUAGCGUAGAAGCCUGGGCUAUAGGCUAUUUCAGAUAUGUUUCUUCUUUCUUUGCAUGGGAAAAACACUUCAUGCAAUUCUACUACACUUCAUAUGACUGGAGACAUUAGUAGAAUAUUUUUUAAUAUGACAAAUUACAGGGUAGCCUACCUACUCUGCUGACACUGACACACUGGAGGAGGAAAUUAAUGUCCAAAAACAAACUUUUUUUAAGUGGCACUGACCCAACAAUGAUAGAGUGAAUAUGCGCUGUGCGCACUCACCGGGGAUAUGGCCGAUGCUCUCCGCUGGUGCCAAUAAGAUAGGCCAUGUGUCAAACGCAUUCCACCGAUGGCCGAGUGACUGCGGGUUUUCGCUCCUCCCUUGUACUUGAUUGAUGAAUUAAGGUCACUAAUUAGUAAGUAACUCCCCUCAUCUGGUUGUCUAGUUCUUAAUUGAAAGUUGUUGUUUUUGACACCACUGCUAUAGGCCUACUGUUGUUCACUCAAUUAAGUUGAGAAUUUAUAAUUAAAAGGCAGAUUAGAGUAUUUUCUUUGUCUUCUCUUUACUGCAAUAGCCAUUUGCUUUCCAAACUAUGUUUUCCCACGAUUAAAUUUUGAAAUAUUGCGAUAUGCCUGGCUGGGCCUCUCUAUUUUUCACUGACAGUCGCAACUCCACAAUCUAUUUACCGCGUGCACAGUGCCCAAAUUGCGUGCUGCCUUUCCUUCCGACUGUAGGCAAUACGAUUGAAAACAAUCCACAACUAGGUUAGGGGAAGCUAAUGAUCCUCUGUGGCCAAAUCGUGCUUUAGUAAUGCUGUUUUGAAUGAUUGUAUUUAUUUCUGUAUAGACAGGAGUAGGCUAAUUAGGCUAUAUAAUUUUGGCAAUUUUAAUUCAAUUGAUUUAGGGAAAGCUUAGCUUCCCGUAGCCUUAUGGAUGUGCCACCUAUGUUAAUCUACUAUUCCCCCAUAGUAGAAAAGUUUACCUAUUCUGUUGGUCAGCUUGUCAAGAAAGAAAUAGCCCAAACUGACUCAGAUCACAAAUUCACACAACCAGUAGGCUUAGGCUACAUAAAAAAAAAAACGUUAAACAAUUAAUCUGAUGCAACAGAUCAGAACGUUUAGCUUAGAUUUUGAUAAACUAUUAUUUCUUAACAUUAUUAGCACAGCAAUUUGCACAAGGCAGUAGGCUAUGCUCGAAUGUGCAUUUCGCUACCGGACAAUGAAAGAAAGUUGAAACCAAUAGAAUAUGAGAGAAAUAGGCUACUGGUUUCAAUGGCAUAUGGAAGUCUUUAUAAAAUAAUUUCCUCCGCAUAUAGUCGGAUUUUGAAGCAAGGUAAAACAUGCCUCAUAAUAUGUAGAAGGGCUGUCCCCGACUAAAAAAAAAUAUAUAUUGGCAUAUUCACUGUUCUUUUGACCAAUUAACAUUUUUAAAUGUGUAAUUUUCCAUAUAGACACACCCUAUGUGUUUUAAUAAAGUUAACUAUACACAUUGAGCUUGUCUGAGGCUUAAAGCUUACGGUUUGAUGAAGUAAGACAAAUGCCUCAUGAGGGUGCCAGAGAUCUAGAUAAGCAGAAGAAAAUAACCUUAACCUGACCCAACUAUUCUCCUCCUGCUCCUGCUGGCUUUCGCAGAUUCUGCCAUUACUCACCUGAAGUUGCCGGUAAUAGGCUACACGAGGAGUCGGCAACCUUUCUCAUGUUGUUUGCCAAUUUAUCUUACCAUUUCUACUGAUCUGUGUGCCAGUUAUGGUUUUCAUAUGCACAUUUUCGUGAAAGUUUCAUUUAAUUUAUAAUAACGUCUUCAUAUCUCAAAAUCAUUGUCAUUUGGUUAAUCAACAUUUUAUCCAAAUCUAGAUGAAAAAUGAUACAAACCUAAAAAUUAAGUUAUAUUGCCAUUGCCAACCAUGUAAAAAUAGCCUACAUAAAUAAAAACAUUGCAGCCUGCAGGUAGAAAAUAUCCAGAUAAAAAUAUCCUAUGAAUCACAUUGGCUACACAUGGCCUGUCUGCAACGAACUUGAAACAUUGUAUCAACUAUUAAGUUGGUUCCAGCCCCGAAGCUUGCGCUAGCAACAUUGUAUAAAAUAUUCUGGGCCCUCGAGUUUCUCCGCCAGUGAGCUUGGGACAGACACAGCAUACUUCUUGCACUUCACGGCGCAGUAUAGCGCUGUUGUCAAGGAAGUGAGUGUGUGUUUAUACAGGAUGUACCAUCGCCAACUACCGUCAACCAACCAUGUCAAUGCAGAGCUAUACAGAGCCUUCUGCAUUCUUACACAAUUUGAGAGGCACAUGGCGAUGCGGUACAGAGCUCGAUUUGGCCUCUGCAUGCCUCUGGAGGCUCCGCAAUUGCGUCACACCCUCCAUAUGGAGCCUCAAACAUUUUUGGAUCAAGCAUAAAUUGGCUUUUAGUCUAGGCCUCUGCAAUGAAUUAGUUAACUGAAAUAUAUAUUUGUUACUGCUCGACUAAAACAAUCUCGGGCGACCAACAGCCUAACGACUAGUCAACUAAUUUGGGUCAGCCCUAAUAUGUAGUAAAACAUUCAGGUUUCAAACAAUUAAGUAGCUACAGUGGCUUGCGAAAGUAUUCACCCCCCCUUGGCAUUUUUCCUAUUUUGUUGCCUUACAACCUGGAAUUAAAAUGGAUUUUUAGGGGUUUGUAUCAUUUGAUUUACACAACAUGCCUACCACUUUGAUGGAAAAUAUUUUUUAUUGUGAAACAAACAAGAAAUAAGACACAAAAACAGAAGACUUGAGCGUGCAUAACUAUUCACCCCCCCCAAAGUCAAUACUUUGUAGAGCCACCUUUUGCAGCAAUUAUAGCUGCAAGUCUCUUUGGGUAUGUCUCUAUAAUCUUGGCACAUCUAGCCACUGGGAUUUUUGCCCAUUCUUCAAGGCAAAACUGCUCCAGCUCAUUCAAGUUGAAUGGGUUCUGCUGGUGUACAGCAAUCUUUAAGUCAUACCACAUAUUCUCAAUUGGAUUGAGGUCUGGGCUUUGACUAGGCCAUUCCAAGACAUUUAAAUGUUUCCCCUUAAACCACUCAAGUGUUGCUUUAGCAGUAUGCUUAGGGUCAUUGUCCUGCUGGAAGGUGAACCUCCGUCCCAGUCUCAAAUCACUGGAAGACUGAAACAGGUUUCCCUCAAGAAUUUCCCUGUAUUUAGCGCCAUCCAUCAUCCCUUCAAUUCUGACCAGUUUCCCAGUCCCUGCCAAUGAAAAACAUGGUGUUCUCGGGGUGAUGAGAGGUGUUAGGUUUGCGCCAGAUAUAGCGUUUUCCUUGAUGGCCAAAAAGCUCAAUUUUAGUCUCAUCUGACCAUAGUACCUUCUUCCAUAUGUUUGGGGAGUCUCCCACAUGCCUUUUGGCAAACACCAAACGUGUUUGCUUAUUUUUUUCUUUAAGCAAUGGCUUUUUUUCUGGCCACUCUUCCAUAAAGCCCAGCUCUGUGGAGUGUACGGCUUAAAGUGGUCCUAUGGACAGAUACUCCAAUCUCUGCUUUGGAGCUCCUUCAGGGUUAUCUUUGGUUUCUUUGUUGCCUCUCUGAUUAAUGCCCUCCUUGCCUGGUCUGUGAGUUUUGGUGGGCGGCCCUCUCUUGGCAGGUUUGUUGUGGUGCCAUAUUCUUUCAAUUUUGUAAUAAUGGAUUUAAUGGUGCUCCGUGGGAUGUUCAAAGUUUCUGAUAUUUUUUUUUUAUAACCCAACCCUGAUCUGUCCUUCUCCACAACUUUGUCCCUGACCUGUUUUGGAGAGCUCCUUGGUCUUCAUGCUGCCGCUUGCUAGGUGGUGCCCCUUGCUUAGUGGUGUUGCAGACUCUUGGGCCUUUCAGAACAGGUGUGUGUGUAUAUAUACUGAGAUCAUGUGACACUUAGAUUGCACACAGGUGGACUUUAACUAAUUAUGUGACUUCUGAAGGUAAUUGGUUGCACCAGAUCUUAUUUAAGGGCUUCAUAGCAAAGGGGGUGAAUACAUAUGUACGCACCACUUUUCCGUUAUUUAUUUCUUAGAAUUUAAUUUUUUUCACUUCACCAAUUUGGACUAUUUUGUGUAUGUCCAUUACAUGAAAUCCAAAUAAAAAUCAAUUUAAAUUACAGGUUGUAAUGCCACAAAAUAGGAAAAACGCCAAGGGGGAUGAAUACUUUUGCAAGGCACUGUAUAUGUUUUCAAAAUGCCCACUGCCUCCAGCUCAUUGCAAAGUGGUGUGUGAUGCGCUGUAGCCUGCCUACUCUUGCUAAGCAUUUGAAUGGCGAAUGGGAAGCGCGUUUCAAUUACCAGUUGAGAAUUAAAGAGUAGCUCUUUUUUUAGUCAUGGUCAAAAAUAUUUGUAAAAUAUGAUUGUGUUUAGAAUUGUUGCGCAAUGAUUGGGCUUAUAAAAGCUCUGUCUGACAGAUUUUCUGCUCCAAGGCUCUGUCUGUAUGCUGUGUGCGUGUGAUAAAUAAGCUACAUAACAAAUAUACACACACACCAGUUUAAUUCCAUUAAAUUAUGCAAAUUAAACAGUGACUAGUCAAAUGUAUUUCCAUCAAUGUAUAGGCUAAAAAGCCUUAUUUUGCGAUGGGAUUUUUUUUCUUCUCACGGUUGUCCAGUGCCAAUUUUAUUUGUUGGCUUUAUUUAAUUUUACGGCCAAAAGCCGGCUAUUACCGGCUAACGGAAACCCUGCUAGACAUAAACAUUAACAACACAUAUUACUACUGUUUUAGGGAUUUACCUUGAUUACAUCCAGAUUGAAAUGUUUUGAAAGUUUAAGUCAAUUUAUUAUCUUAAUAGUUUACAAUGAGAUGGCAUGAUUUCACGUGUCUCUAAAAUACUGAACUUUUGUUUUCAGGAUCUUGUCAAUAAGAAGUCCACGUUCUUUGGUGGAAAUGCAAUCACAAUGAUCGAUUACAUGAUGUGGCCGUGGUUUGAGAGGCUGGAGAUCUUUGAGUUGAAGCAGUAUGUAUCCAUUCUAAAUUAAAUAUAAUUUUGUCUUUCAGUUUAAGGCAUCUCAAACCUAGAAAUCCAUAGCGAUACUGUGAUGUGGGAGUUGUGGAACACUCUUGAGACCUAGGCAUGUAUUCCCAAAGCAUCUCAGAGAAGGAGUGCUGAUCUAGGAUCAGGUCCCCUCUGUCCAUAUGAUCUUAUUCAUUAUGAUUUAAAAAAUCCAAAAUUGAUCCAAGAUCAGCACUCUUACUCUGAGACGCUUUGUGAAAACUGGCCCUAGUGUGUGAAUAGCAGUCACCAAAUUCCUCCACAUUAUUGCAUCUCUAAUAGGGUUUAUGAGAUCCAUAGUCCUCUUGCUUGUGAGAUUUAUUUAGUUUGGUUCAUAACCAAAGUGCAUUGUGAGUUACUCACGGACUCAUUAGUCUCAUUUCCAAAAUGCAAAUAAAUGUCUCAUCUCUAAUUUCCAGCUGUCUGGUUAGUACCCCUGAGCUGAAGAAGUGGACAGAGCACAUGUCCGAUGAUCAAACUGUCAAAGCCACCAUGUUCCCCACUGAGACCUACAAGGCCUUUUACAAGACCUACGUCGACGGGAAACCCAAUUAUGACUAUGGCCUGUAGAUAUGUGGCACUUAACCCUUGGCCGUCCAGUUUCCUGAUGUUAAAUUACUCUCAUUUUAUAUUCCUGCUAAGGUAAUUGGGGCAUUAGAUGUACAUGUCAAUACAGUUGAGCAGCUGUGCAUCUCAUACAAAACUUUUAUGAAAGUUUAUUUCUGUCUAAAAUGUCCUUUCCUUUGUUUAUAUUUCAUAUGGAACAUGUAUGGUCUGAUUACCAGUGUAUUGAAUGGACCCAAUACAAUGUAUAAUGAUUAUGUAGUUUAGAACAAGUGGUAGAUCAUAAUAAAUGUUGGUGGAACUAUUUGAAUAAUGUAUGUUAUGGUUGAUUUCUAUGAUGCAUUGUCCACACACAGCGUUUUAUCUUUAUGUAAUAAAGACGGCACAACAAGAGUUCCGGUAUUUUUAUAUUGGUGUGCUGAAAUCUGGAAGUGAAAUAGUUUUUUGAUCGUCAUCUGCAUUAUCUUCUUUUCACCACUAGUCUUGACAUUAACAUAGACUGUACUUGGACAGGCCCGUGAAUAGAGGGUGGAGUACUACCAUGGAAUAAUAUCAUCUCUUUGUGGAAUUAUGAAUGCCACUGUCUUGCCUGUCACGAAGCUAAAUCAAUAAUGGCUAAAUCCGUAAUGUCACGUAGCUAAAUUAUGACGCAAGUAAUUAACAGUCCAUCAUACAAAUUGCCAAAAACUGGAAGAUGCCUUCAGCAUUUAUGAAUAAACACUGCAAAUUAAAAAC